CUUGAGCUAAGACACAUGACUCCUGUACCGGCAGACGAACUACAUAAGGUUCGAUACGUAAUCCCACAUUCGUGUGUGAUAAAACCAGAUUCUACAACCACGAAGCUGCGAGUAGUCUUCGACGCGAGUGCGAAGUCCACCACUGGAAUUUCGCUUAACGACCUACAAGCCAUCGGGCCAGUGAUACAACCGGAUCUCCUUCACUUAUGGUUGCAUUUUCGGACGCAAACAGUGGUGGUUACAGCGGACAUUGCGAAGAUGUAUCGCCAAAUCUGGGUAGCUGACUCGGACACCUGGAUGCAGUGCAUAUUAUGGCGCGAAGAUGCAAGAGAUACCGCUCAAAUGUAUAGGCUACGUACCGUCACUUACGGCAAGGCCUCCUCGUCGUAUCUUGCGUGUAGAGCGUUAUAUGAGGCGGGCGAGGAAGUGCGUUCAUCCAAUCCGGAAAUCGCUGACGCCAUUCAGCGCUCAUUCUACGUGGAUAACCUGUCCUUGGGUGCUGCGACUCCGGACGAAUUACGUGUGCUUAGCUGCGGGAUUGAACGGGCACUUAUGAAUAGAGGAAUGCCCUUACGGAAAUGGGCAUCCAAUGUCCCUGCAGUAGUACAUGAUGUGCCAGAAGAACACCUUGACUCUCCGGUGCAAAUCGGCGACAGACAGGCUAUCAAAAUGCUGGGUCUAGCGUGGUGUCCUUCAGAAGACACAUUCCAGCUUAUCAUUGACAAUGAUUGCCACCUGCCCGUAAACUCCAUGACCAAACGAUGCUUAGUGGCAAGAAUUGCCAAACUUUACGAUCCAGUUGGAAUCCUGCAACACGUGAUCAUCACCGCAAAAAUCCUCAUGCAAAAUCUAUGGCGCGACAAUCUUACAUGGGACGAAACUGUACCACCUCAUGCCCUUGCUAAGUGGAACGAGUUUGCGGCUCAACUACCAGUCCUUCGGCAGCUAUACAUCCCAAGAAUGGCGCUGCCAAGUGAAGCAGAAAAUAGUACCAUCUAUGGUUUUUGUGAUGCCUCAACAAAAGCAUAUGGGUGUGCAAUAUACGUUCGCUACUUGGAUGGUAAUGGAGAAAGACGAUCGCGACUCCUAUGUGCCAAGUCAAGAGUUGCACCGCUGAAGGAACUGACUUUGCCCAGACUAGAACUCCAAGCAGCACUCUUGCUAGCUGAACUCUACGUGAAAAUAAAGGACGUAUUCGGCACCCGAGUCCAACAAACUAGAUGGUGGACUGACUCGCAAGUCGUAUUAGCCUGGAUACGUUCCGAUAAUUCGAAAUUAGACGUCUUCGUAAAAAAUCGAGUAUCCAAGAUAUGCGCUGCGACCAAUGCAUGUGAUUGGCACUAUGUGCCAACAAAGCUAAACCCGGCAGACAUCGUAUCCAGGGGACUUCCAGCUAGCAAAUUGAUUCCUGCCCGCAAACCAAUGAUGGUUACGAGACCAUAUCAGAAGAGGUUGCAGCCCCACCACAAGCUUUAGCGGCAACCGUAGGCCCCGCUUGUGAAGAUUUGAUAGCUCAAUAUAAGUACCACAAUUCCUUCA